AAACAAUCCAGCAAGCAAACAAAUACAUUGCAAACGCAAUUAAUAGCUUCGAAAUCCAGCCUCCAAGACAAUUGUCUUGUUGUUUCCCUAGUAAAGAAAACAGCAACACGCACGAUCAAACCCACCUAGAAUCGCAAAUAUGACCUUCUGCGGCGUCAAAUUCGACCCUGAGCAAGACAUGCCGGAUCUCCGGGGCAAGGUCAUCCUCGUGACGGGCGGCAACACAGGCCUCGGCCUCGAGAGCAUCCGCCAGCUUGCGCAGCACAACCCGGCGCACAUCUACAUGGGGGCGCGGUCGCGGGCCAAGGCGGAGGAGGCGAUCGAAUCCAUCCGGGCGUCGACGCCGGCGGCGGCCUCGACGCCCAUCACGCACCUGGAGCUGGACCUGGCCUCGUUUGCGAGCAUCAAGUCGGCAGCGCGCACCUUGCUCGCGGCGUCCGACCGCCUCGACGUCCUCAUCAACAACGCCGGCAUCAUGAACGUGCCCGAGGGCCUGACCGCCGACGGCUACGAGGUCCAGUUCGGCACCAACCACGUCGGCCCGGCGCUCUUGACGCAGCUGCUGCUCCCCCGCCUCAAGCGCACGGCCGCCCUGCCCGGCAGCGGCGACGUCCGCGUCGUCUUCUUGUCCUCGGCGCUGGAGCGGUCCGCCGAGAGCGGCCUCUUGAGCACCCCCGACAAGCUCAAGACCACCAUGCCCGAGACGGGCACGCAGUCGCGCUACGCCAACAGCAAGCUCGCCAACAUACACUACGCCUGGGCGCUGGCCGAGCAGAACCCGGACCUCAAGGUCGUCUCGGUGCACCCGGGAGUGGUGCAGACCGGUCUCUUGAGCACGUGGAAGGACGGUUUCAACCCCAUCGUCAAGGGCGCCAUCAACCUGGCCGGGCGGGCCUUGAUGACCACCAUCGAGAAGGGAGCGUACAACCAGCUCUGGGCCGCGACGGCCGCCGAGGGGGUUGAGACUGGCACCUUUUAUUGGCCGGUGGGCGUCAAGGGGAAGGGGACAAAGGCCAGCAAGGAUGUCAAGCAGAGGGAUGCAUUGUGGGCGUGGACGCAGAAGGAGUUGAAUGGGCAUCUCUUUGUCUGACGAGCUUUGCAGCCCUGAACUCAAGGGAGGGGCUGCUUGAGGGUGAAGACUGGCGCACAGCACAGCAUUUGGGAUUUCCAACUUUUUGUAUUUCGUCAUCUCCAUAGAUCAUUUUAGCGCUUAGAGACCUUCCUAGAUAUGUUACUAAUGAACGCACCAUCAAACGA